AUGGACUCGUUCGAGGCUAGGUUGCAGUUCAUUCAGAUACUCAAGAAUUUGCAAAAGUCGCUGAAUAUCCUGAGAACGGGGACAGACGACGAUGGCAGGUCUGAUUCGCCCAGUUUGAGCAGAUCCGCAGGCACCGAUCCCAUCCAGUUCUACUUGAAGAACUACACACAGCACUACGAAGACUUCCACCAGUGUCUGUUUGACACCAUGUCCAAGAUGGACCCGCUCGACAGAAUCAACAUUGUGCUGUACUACUCGCGCAUCAUCUCCAUCCUGAAGAACAGGGAGACCGAUUUCAACUCCACGGUGCUGAACCAGCACCUGCUGCCGUCUGUCGACCGGCUGCUGCUGCUGGCGCUGCCUGCCAACGACUGGACUUCACUGAGCAAUCUGAAAGCCUGCAUCGAGGUGUUCCAAUGGCUGAACGAAGUAUGCGGCAACGUGGUCGAGUGGAGCGACGAGUGCGAUCAACCCGACGCCUCUGUCCCGUUGUCAGAACUGGCAUGGUUUGAGCCAGCCUCAGACACUACCGACGUGGCUCAUAGCUUCCAGAGCGCCACAAUCCUACUAAAGGACAGACUGGCGAAACGAAAGUAUCUCAUAGAAUACUACAGAGGCAAUGGUGUGUGCGGCAUGCCGACCGCUACCGCGGCCUCCACAAUACUACACAGGAUGGAGAACGACCGUGAAAAGCACAAGAGGCUCAAGGAGAAUACCUGGGUUCUCGAGCGACCUACAAACAGCAUUGUAGACCCGCAAGAGUUCCAGUCGAUCUGGGAAAACGCUCCAUACAAUGGGAUGACCAAAGAAGACUACAGGAAUAUCAAAGAACUCAAUGGAAUAGCCCAGCAAAGCUAUUCAAUUGGUUACAAGCAUUAG